GAGCAAUACUAAAAUAUGUCUUCUCUAUUCUACAAACUUAUCUUCGUCAAUGCAUUGAUCAGUGUGCUCGUUGCCCGUUUCUAUUAUUCUAGCGAUGAUGAUCGAAAGAUUUAUAUUGUGUACAUGGGGAGCAAGCCAGAGGACACAGACUCUGCUCAUUUGCAUCACAAAGGAAUGUUGAAAGAAGUAGUGGGCAGAAAUUUUGCUCCAGAAUAUGUGAUAUGCACUUAUCACAAAAGUUUCAAUGGAUUCGCGGUGAAACUCACCGAAAAAGAAGCUCAAAAGAUUGCUGAUAAAGAAGGCGUGGUGUCUGUGUUUGAAGAUGAAAAACAUGAAGUUGAAACCACAAAAUCAUGGGAUUUCCUUGGUUUUCCACGAAACGUUCCUCGGCUGCCCCAAGAGGAAAGUGAAAUUAUUGUCGGAGUUUUCGACACCGGAAUCUCGCCGGAUUCUGCCAGUUUCAACGAUAAAGGUUUUGGUCCUCCACCGGACAAAUGGAAAGGCAUUUGCCAAACCUUGGCUGGCUUUCAUUGCAACAAAAAAAUCAUUGGGGCUCGAGUAUACAUGAAGGAUGGCCCCCUUCUACCUGGAGAGGUUAUGAGCCCAAUCGACACCGAUGGCCAUGGGACGCACGUCGCGUCGAUAGUGGCGGGUGGGCUGGUGGAUCACGCAAACCUCGAAGGGCUUGCGGAGGGGAUGGCGAGAGGAGGGGUUCCCUCUGCGCGCAUUGCUGUGUACAAAGUAUGUUGGUCCGAUGGGUGCGCCACUCAUCAGGUUCUUCGGGCAUUCGACGACGCAAUCGACGACGGUGUGGACAUUAUAUCUUACUCAAUUGGCGCCAAGGUGCAGAAGCCUUAUUUUCAAGAUCCCUUCACCAUUGGAGCCUUCCACGCCAUGAAGAAGGGAGUACUGACCUCUAAAUCUGCUGGAAAUAACGGUCAUAAAUAUUCCACCGUCACAGGCAUCGCUCCAUGGGUUCUCUCUGUGGCUGCAACCACCACUAAUAGAAACUUCGUCACAGAUGUGCGCCUUGGCAACAACCAUGCCUAUCAGGGAUAUACAGUUAACACAUUUGAUCUUAAGGGGAAGCAAUAUUCCCUCAUUUAUGGUGGAGAUGCACCCAACCCCACUUCUACUAAAUCGGACUCCAGUGUUUGCAAAGAAAAUUCUGUGAAUGUGGAGAUGGUGAAGGGAAAAAUCCUUGUUUGCGAUUCAUUGCAGUAUGCUUCAACAUUCAAAUACCUCAUUAAUGGCCCAGUCGGCGUUCUGAUGCAAGACAACAGACCCAAGAACGACGGCAGGUCCUAUCCUAUGGCCGCUUCCCACCUCAGCAGAGACCGUGGCGGAACUGAAAUCGAAGAAUACAUGUCUUCAACCAAAAAUCCGACUGCAACCAUUUUAAAGAGUAACACAGUAUAUGAUGGUACUGUUAAAGUUGUUCACUUCUCCUCGAGGGGACCCAACACAAUAACAAAGAACAUUAUCAAGCCGGAUUUGGCUGCUCCAGGGGUUCAAAUUCUAGCUGCAUGGUCUCCAACUGCGCCAGUUUCUCAGGUUGAAGGAGAUCCCAGGAGGACGCUGUAUAAUAUAAUUUCAGGGACAUCCAUGGCAUGCCCUCAUGCCUCUGCAGCUGCUAUGUACGUCAAAACAUUCCAUCCGACGUGGUCUCCUGCUGCAAUUAAGUCCGCUCUCAUGACAACCGCUAAACCCAUGGGUAGUUCAAACAAAGAACUAGAGCUUGCAUAUGGUUCGGGGCUCCUAAACCCGCUCGAGGCAAACAAUCCUAGAUUGGUGUAUGAUGCAAGUGUAGAACACUACGUGAAUUUCUUGUGUGGGCAAGGCUACACCACCAAAAUGCUCCGAGCCAUCACCAACGACGACAGUGUUUGUACUCCCGGCAGCUCCAUCUCAGUCUUCGAUCUCAACUAUCCUUCAUUCGCACUUUCAGUGGACCCUUCCAACUUGAAUGUGAAUCAAGACUUCAAGAGAACUCUCACAAGUGUUGCAAUGAAACCAUACACAUAUUCGGCUAGAGUUUAUCCUGAGAUACCAGGCCUGGCCAUCUCGGUGAAUCCUAUUCUGCUCUCGUUUCAUGGCGUUGGAGAUACGGGUGAAUUCACGCUCCGAAUUAGAGGAACUGCCAAUUUGGGGAAGGGCCAGAACCAGAGCCAGGCAAUCUCUACCUCUCUGGAGUGGAGCGACUUUGGUGCGAUUCCGCACAAAGUGAGAAGCCCUAUAUUAAUUUAUCUUUCUAAUAUAUCUAAUUAAUGAUCCUAAAUAGUUUUGAUUUGGUUUAUUAUCUUGAAUAAAAAAGAAUGAAACUGUAUAGGAAGUACUAUUUGCUUCCAUCACUAUUCCAUCUUCUCAACUAUG